AUGACGAGUAACGUCCUGGCAACCGCGCCGCUCUCGGAGACUCCGUCCUUCGCCUCCCAGAGGGCGUCCCAGCCUGCGUCGGCAGCGAAGACGAAUCGCGACCUCUCAAAGCCUGGCUCGCACCUGUCCAUCAACAUUGAGGAGGAGCCGCCUGGGCAGCGCUCUCGCAGGGUAGAGGAUGUCGAGGCGGCAGCACAAGCGCACCAACAACAGCAAGGUGGUGCGAGCAUCUACGAGUCACCAACAGUGCCCGUGACGCGAGGACCGGGACACACACCCCGCGGGAGGACACGAGAAGAGAGCCAGCCGCCGCGGAGGCUUCCGAGCCGCACCUCGCUUCGCCACGGCACACCACGCGGGGGUGGAGACGACGUCUCAACGACGCUGAUCCCAAAGUCGCACAACCCGUGUGUGAACAUGGUGCCACAGGCGUCCAUUGUGCCGAGCAACACCUCCGUCCACUUCCAAGUCGAAGAUCAGACUGAUACACAGAGCAUCUUGUUCCAGGCAGAACCCUCCUCGAUCAACUUCAACGCCACUGAUGCGAGCCUCAACCUACAAACAGCCACGGAAGGCAGCGACAUCCACUUCGUCCUCGAGGACUCCCACCUGCCGUCGCAGGCGGUGAUCCUGAAGCAGGGCGGCAACUCCAACACCAAAUCGAGUCUGCGCUUUGAGGCGGAAUCGGCGAACGACGCGACAUGCUACAGCACCAUCAGCCACUUCUCCAUCGAGAAAAACGAGCCGGAGCAGAAGCCGUUCGUACAGGCUUCCCACCUCCGCGUUCAACAUACAGACAAGGGCGCUGAGAAGGUGGCGCCGGCCAAGGUGGAGGAUGCGAUGGUGCCACACACAGAGUUUGUUGGCGAGACGGCGGCGCAGCGACAUUCCAAAAAAGCCGAGGAGGAGCGGCGCAAGCAGGUGCUGGAGGAACGCAGCCUGUACAUGCGCAUCCGUCCGUGGUGGACCAACGAGCCCGAUCGGCGCGCCCGACGCACAAGCAGUGAGAGCGCCGCCCACGCGCUGAAGCAGCAGCAGCACGAAAAGAUGGAGGAGGUCGAAAAGCGCCGGCGCGCGAUGUACGCACGUCCGUGGCGCACCAACAGUGCCAGCCCGAACACAUCGCGCUCAACCAGUCGCACGAAGCGGCAGCGCCAGCUUACACCGCUGAGCGGGCGCAGCGGCGACGGAGUCGCCAUGCCUGAGCGGUCAGCGACGGAGCCUGAGAAAAUGCAGGCGAGUAGCAAAAGGGCCCCUGCGGCCCUCGCCGCGUACUCGUACUCCCCGUCCCCGUCCUCUAAGGGGCGGUCAAGCUCUACCGCGUCGGCGUUCGACUGCGUCGAGGCCGCCAAGUUUGUCACGUCAGCACCUGUGCUGAAGACCCCACUAGAGAUCGUAGGUGAGGAGUUCGAGGACUGGGUGCACAUGGUCAACCAGAGGUGCAACCUGAAGGCCAUUUCGGACACGAUGCGGGCGCGCGAGCGCACGAUUGUGCAGCUGUCGAGCCGGCUGGAGACUCAGAGUCGCGCGAUGAAGCAGCUGAACAAGGAGCUGUACGACGUUCACGACGAGUACAUGCGGCACCUCGGUAAUGACGUGACGGGGUUGGCGCUGCAUGCCCCGCGCAGUCGGCCGACGCCCCGGUCGCCAAGCCGCAUAAACACCAGCCCUACACCCGGCAUCGUGCGCCUCUACGUGGAGCAGCGGCACCGGGCGAAGGACUACUAUUCCAUGAAGAUGGAGCAGCUUGGCCCCCGGCCGUUGAGUGUGCUGAGCGACGAUGAGCUCUCCGAUAGUGAGAAGGAGGUCUACGCGCAGGAACUGCAGAGCUGGCGUGUCGAGCGCGCGGCCCUUCGAGAAGAGAAGGCCCGCUUGGUGCACUGCCGCCGCGAUCUCGCCUUUCAGAUGCGCCGCGGCAGCAACAUCAAGGACAUCGCCACCACGCAACCCACGAGCGGGCGUGGUCCGCUAGAGCGCGCAGCGACCGGCACAGAGACCGCCGUGGAUGUAAAAGGGUACGACCGUUUGAUGGAUCUUCGCAUGCAGGCUCAGCGGGCCGUCGUUGAGGCGGCAAAUGCCAAGAAGGUGUACGAGGCGACGCUGGGCAUGGCGGCCACCAUGAAGAAGCAGCACGACCGCUCUUCAGCAGACCUGAAGAGCGGGAAGGAGUCACGGAGGAAGACGCGAGAGUUGUACGCCGCGUCGCUUCGGAGGUUGAAGCAGUCUGUGGAGGAGGCACGGUCGCUGCUCGUGCGGGCGAACGCGCAGAAAGCGCGCCGUGAGAAGGCCGCAGAGUGGCUUGAUGAGAGCUCCGGGGAGGAUCAGGUGGACUACGACAACGCCAUCCUUGCCGUGCGCUUGCAGACGGACCGCGCUCAAGCGCUCGUCGAAGCCGCUGCCGAUGAUGAGGAUCGCAUGCUUCGAUCGCCGAGCACACUGCGGCUUGGGGUGUCACGGGCAGGCACGCCGCGUGGUAGCGUCAACAGCUCCAUGCACCCGGUAACAUCGGCACACACCCGCGGAGCCAGCACGUCGAAUGGCGACGACGUGUUUGCCCGACUGACGGCGCGAAGGUAG